AUGCGAGUCGACUUCACUUUGCUUUUUGCAGCCGCAGCAGUGGCACACGACACCUCUAAAAGAGCGGAUACUAUCUCAAUUACUGGCUCGGCGCCAGGUUUCGCAUAUGGAGUCACAGGAGGAGAUGCGACGCCAGUCUAUCCCGCCAAUGUCUCUCAUUUGAUCGAUCUCCUAGGGUCUGAUGAACCGCAGGUCGUUAUCAUCGACAGAACAUACGACUUUAUCGGGUCAGAGGGGACAACCACGGGAACUAUCUGCAAGUCAUGGGGAGAAUUUGAAGACGGAUGCCAGGCCAUCAUUGAUACCGGGUCAGGUUGUGGUGAUGCUGCGUCAGAAUCGUAUGAAUGGGAUACCGCUGGAGUGACGGGAAUCUAUGUGCAUUCGAACAAGACACUCAUCGGAGUUGGAAGUAAUGGCGUGCUUCUCGGGAAGGGAUUGAGAAUGGUCGAUGUUUCCAACAUUAUUGUUCAGGAGAUUAUGAUCACUGAUUUGAAUCCGAAGCUUGUCUGGGGUGGUGGCCGCCAGUCUCCUGACCCGGAGCACCAGUCCGGAGCCCAACAGAGAGAUCCCAUGUUCUCCGAACAUAAAGCUAUUGAAACGCGCCCAGCACCAGAGCUCGGACACAAAAUGGGUGAGGCAAACGAUCAUCCGUUGCUUAGUAACCCCGUUCAUCCCUUGGAGAACAUCGAGGCAGAGCCCAAUGCUUUGAUCACUAUCUCGAAUAGAUUUUUGAAUGGUGCGACUAAUUUCUCUACUUCGUGUGACGGGCAAACAUACUGGGGGUUAGAGUUGGUCGGUAAUGAUGAUCAGAUCACAUUUUCGAACAACUACAUUUAUCGCACUUCUGGCCGUAGCCCAGCGCUCAGCGGUAGCACCCUCUUCCACGCCGUCAACAGUGUCUGGGAGGACAACAACGGCCACGCCAUUGAGGGCACCGACUACGGCCAAGGCCUUUUCGAGGGCUGCAUUUUCAACAAUGUCAGCCAGAUCGUCGUUGAGGAUUUUGUUGGUCAACUCUUUAGCUCGCCCAGUGAUACUGCGAACAAGGCUUGCUACGACUACCUUGGAAGGGAUUGUGUGACCAAUAUUCAGACAGAUGAUGGGUCUAGCUUCACCGAUGCCGACACUGGGUUCUUCUCCAAUUUCACUGGCCUCAAUAUUGCAAGUGCUAGUGCGGCUUCGGCGGCCCAGACCAGUGUGCCGACCAAUGCUGGAAAUACGCUUCAGAAUGCGUUGUCUUGA